CAAGCGCGCAAAGGUGACGUGUUCUUCCAGCGCCGAGUCGUGAGUCGCCCCGGAGAGGUAGAAAAACGCCUUCUCCAGCGUCCUAGGUGGGGAGUGAACACACAGACCCAGAGGAGGGGAAGCUGGAGGUGGACUUCGCCGCGGAAAAAGUCCAGCCGGGAGAGUGACCAUCGAGGUUAUCUGGCUGAGUUUUCUUGUUGUUUUUGUUGUUCUUGUGUGAUUUCUGAUACAGCAAGAACUAUGUCAUGGAUCAAAGAAGGGGAGCUGUCACUUUGGGAGCGGUUCUGUGCCAACAUCAUAAAGGCUGGUCCAGUGCCCAAACACAUUGCAUUCAUAAUGGACGGCAACCGUCGCUAUGCCAAGAAGUGCCAGGUGGAGCGUCAGGAGGGCCACGCCCAGGGCUUCAACAAACUGGCUGAGACUCUACGCUGGUGUUUGAACCUGGGCAUCCUCGAAGUGACUGUCUAUGCAUUCAGCAUUGAGAACUUCAAACGUUCCAAAAGUGAGGUUGAUGGACUCCUGGAUCUGGCCCGACAGAAGUUCAGCUGCUUGAUGGAAGAACAGGAGAAGCUACAGAAGCAUGGGGUGUGCAUCCGUGUUCUGGGGGAUCUGCAUCUGCUGCCCUUGGACCUCCAGGAGAAGAUUGCACAUGCUGUCCAGGCUACUAAGAACUACAACAAGUGUUUCCUCAAUGUCUGCUUUGCAUACACAUCUCGUCAUGAGAUCACCAAUGCUGUGAGAGAGAUGGCCUGGGGCGUGGAACAAGGUCUACUGGAACCCAGUGAUGUCUCCGAGUCUCUGCUUGAUAAGUGCCUCUAUAGCAACCACUCUCCUCAUCCUGACAUCUUGAUUCGGACUUCUGGGGAAGUACGGCUGAGUGACUUCUUGCUCUGGCAGACUUCCCAUUCCUGCCUCGUGUUCCAGCCUGUCCUGUGGCCAGAAUACACAUUUUGGAACCUCUGUGAGGCAAUCCUGCAGUUUCAGAUGAACCAUAGUGCUCUUCAGCAGAAGGCCCGAGACAUGUAUGCUGAGGAGCGGAAGAGGCACCAGCUGGAGAGGGACCAGGCUGCAGUGACAGAGCAGCUGCUUCGAGAGGGGCUCCAGGCCAGUGCGGAUGCCCAACUCCGACGGACACGAUUGCACAAACUCUCCACCAAACGGGAAGAGCGAGUCCAAGGCUUCCUGAAGGCCUUGGAACUUAAACGGGCUGACUGGCUGGCACUUUGGGGCACUGCAUCUGCCUAAGUGAGGCUGGCUAGCAGCCAUUUUGCCCAGCCCUGUGCCUCUUGGGCCCCGACCCUUCCUUUUCCUUUUCUUUUCUUUGGGAAAGGCACCUCCCUGUUUUUGAUGAAUUGGGCUCUCUCAGUUUUGCAAGGAACCCCCAAAGGCAAGUUCUGCCUAGAGAUACCUGUGGGCUACCUUUGACAGUUACCCUUUAAGUUUGAGGUAGAAUCUCUCAUAUGUAAACUAAAUCCAAGUCCAGCCACUAAUACAUUUGGGGAACAGGGGACCCUAACUCAUUAGCUAUAUGCCCUGUCCCUGGUUUUGGAUGCAUGUUCUUUUUCCACCAGCAUAUCCUUCAACGUGCAGAAGAGAUCUUCCCAAAGCUAGGCCUUUACCCGUCCUGCCUAAGCCCUCCCCAUGUGACUUCCACAAAAGAUUUGGAUCUAUUGGUAAAUUUUAACUGAUAGGCAGCCAACAUUAUUGGGCAUGGAAGAAAGGGGUGGGGAGGACAGGAAGAAAAUUUGCCCAUCUGCUGCUCCUCCCCUUGGCUUUCCACCUGGGAUUUGCUAUUGAAUCUCCACCCCCUCCCACUACCAGUACUGAUUGCUCACUGAAAGGCUCAGCGCCCCCAAUGGCUCAUGGAAGCCAGGCGGGUGAUUACAAUCCAAUUACCUAUUGUUGACUCAGCCCACACAAGCUUUACUCCCCCAUGCAGGGCAUGGGGCCAGGCUCCACUCCCCUGUGAGACCCAACCCCCUCCAUGACUACAGACGGGGUGGCAGAAGGGCCUGGAGAGGUCCUAGAGUCUAAUCCAAUACAGGCCAAUUUGUGUUUAACACAUCAGGACUGAACAGAACCAAGCACUUGCCAGUUGACUGUCUUCUUCUCUCACCAUCUCACACUGAUUCCCACUCCUCACAGCUCUUUGACCUGGCUCCCUAAGUAGGCUCUGAAACAGUUUGCUGUCUGCAUGGCAGAACUUAUUCUCACCCUCUCACCCUGUGAGGCCAGCUCUCCCCAGCAGGAGAGGCAAGGUUGCAUCCUUCCCACUAUGCAGUUGUAUCCGCAUAGUGCUGAGGAGAGAGGACUACCUUUGAAGGUUCGCUGAGCUAUUCUGCUUCAGGCAUCUCAGAGCCAUAAGUCCUAGCCAGAAACACCAACCAAAUGCCACUCUGGUCUCAUGCUGUCUGUAUGCACCUCCCACCCCAAAAUGUACGCUUUGGAUUUCUAACUUUCUA